AUGCUACUUCCACAACAGGUUCUUUGUACUGUAUUUUCUCAGUAUGUCCAAACUUAUUCAGGCAGCGCAAGCGGGUACAAGCGAUUGAUCAUAGCGUGCAGUGAAAGCACCUUCUCUUUCAGCUCCCAUAAGCACCCAUUUUUAACAAUGAAGCUUGAGAUUUGUUCAUUUUCUGGUUAUAAGAUCUACCCUGCCAAGGGUAAGACCUAUGUUCGUCUUGACUCCAGAACUUUCCGUUUCAUCAACGGUAAGGCCGCUUCCUACUUCCUCCAACGUUUGAACCCUCGUAAGAUCAGAUGGACUCAAAUCUACCGUCGUUUGAACAAGAAGGGUAUGACUGAAGAAGUUCAAAAGAAGCGUUCUCGUCGUACUGUCAAGCACGAACGUGCUAUUGUUGGUGCCUCUUGGGAUGCUAUCCGUGCCAAGCGUAAUCAAAAGCCUGAUGCUCGUGCUGCUGCUCGUCAAGCUGCUAUCUCCAAGUCUAAGGAAGCUAAGAAGGCCGCUGUUGCUGCUAAGAAGGCCGCUAACCCUAAUCCUUCUCAACCCAAGGUCAGCAAGCAACAAGCUAAGGGUUUUGCCCCUAAGGCUGCCGCUACCUCUCGUUAA